CAUCAGUGACAACAAAUGUAUUUUGAUCUCGUGUUUACCUGGUUGGCUGAAGCUAACUGAAUAAUAAAUUGCCAAGAUGUCGAAGGCUGUUAAGUACUAUUACGAUUUCCUAUCGCAGCCAUCCCGCGCCCUCUGGAUUGCUAUGAAAUUGGGCAAGACCCCGUUUGAAGACUGCCCGGUUGCCCUGCGAAAACGUUAUACUCCAGAGGAGCAAUUGACCGACGAAUACCGCAGUAUAAAUCGGUUCCAAAAGGUGCCGGCCAUCGUGGAUGGUAAAUUUCAGUUGGGCGAGAGUGUCUCCAUAGUGCGAUAUCUCGCGGACAAGGGAGUCUUCAGUGAACAGCUCUACCCCAAAGCCUUAGAGGAUCGUGCGCGUGUGGACGAGUUCCUCGAGUGGCAGCACUUCAAUGUCCGCUUGGUCUGCUCCCUGUUCUUCCGUCAGGUGUGGCUUCUUCCGGCAAAGGGACUGGCACCGGCUCCCAAGCCAGAGGCUGUCAAGAAGCUAAUCAAGGAUGUGGAGAGUAAUUUGGGUCUACUGGAACGCCUCUGGCUGGAAAAGGACUUCUUAGUCGGCGACAAGCUUACCGUGGCAGACAUCUUCGGGGCUUCAGAAAUUAAUCAGAUGAAGCUCUGCCAGUACAACGUAAAUGAGAAGCAAUUCCCCAAAGUGGCCAAGUGGAUGGAACGCGUUCGUGAUGCUACCAAUCCCUACUACGAUGAGGCCCACAGUUUUGUCUACAAGACCUCUCAGCAGGCAGUCAAGGCCAAGAACUGAUUUCCUUGCGAUUUUGACUGUUUUCUUUGUUCAUUGCAUUUACUAGGAUUUUAAGACUUUUUUGUGCCUUAUCUGAUGUUUAUUGUGUUCAGUUCUGCGCUGCAAAACUCCUAAAUGUUAAAAUAAUUAGAGACUCUGAAGAGGGGUGCUAUCGUUUGCCCGAUCAAUAA